AUGCAUCUUGAUCCCCUACUUCUGCCUCGCCAGGCCAACUGUGUUGCCUGCCCCGACACUCCACCCACUUGCAACUGCAAUGUGGCAACUCAGGACUGUUUUCUCAUCAACAGAGUUUGCGAAGCUUGCAGCACCUUCAAAUGCGUCGAUAAGCCAAAGAAUACGACGCAGGCAAGCGGGGGGACAAGCAAGGGUGCUUUAGCCGGUGCGGUCAUAGGUUCUCUGAUUUUUGUCGCCGCAGUGGUUGGCGCUUUCUUCUGGUAUCGGCGUCGAAACGCUUCACUAAGGUCGGCAGAAGAGCCCAAAGUCGUUGACAAGCCUGCAUCUGCAGCAGAUGUCCUCAGUCGACCGGAUCCCAUUGAAAAGCCCUCGCCGUCGCCCUCCGCCGCAGAGUUCGGCGUCCGCAGAAACCCUUCUGCCAACGCCGUGGAUCCCAGUUCACAGAACGAUCCAGCCCAUUCCCAGUUCCUCCCCCCGCAUAUCACACACAACCCCUUUGAAGACACCAAUUCCAUUCAAACGACCGGCACUGAAGGCACUAACGCCAUUCCCAUUGCUUUCAUCGCGCCAGACUCGAAUUCUCGCAUGUCUGAUGGUUCGACAUCACCUGUUCGCCCAUUACGAUCACCCGACUUGAACCUUAAUCUCGACCACGUUAACAUGUCCCGCGACGAACUCAAGCCAGGAGCCUACGCGAGAUCACAAAUAUCUGGGAUAUCAGGAAUAUCAGGUGUCUCGUCCAGAAACUCUUACAUGUCGAACGCGAGCUACUCCAGCGACUUCCUUAACGAAGCGCCCAUGAUCAUCACUCCUGCGAAGGCUGCUGUUCGUCAAGUUGUUGGCGUCGUGAAAGCGGAGGUGAUUAAUGCGCCUGGUUCACACAACAAUUCCACAGAUGGUUUACGGCCUAUCAAUUCCCGACCAGCCUUGAGUUCCCCCUUGGCGGCUACGUCGUUUGGACCGUCAGAAGCAAUCAAAGAGGCUGACGAAAGCAUGGAAAGCAACCCCUUCAGCGACAAACAUUCUGCCCCCCCUUCUGCCGCCGCCUCUGUGACUGCUUUUGAUGAUCACAAAUCCGAGAAUGGCUCGCUGUGGGUCCCCGACGAGCCUACAUUCCCAUGGUCGACCAAAUCUGGAGACAGUAGGCCCACCAGCAUCAGUACCCAGGCUGCUUCUGUCAUUGAUAUAGGGAGUGCUACUCGUGUCAAUGUUGGAUUGGGCGGUCUCAAGGGACAAUACGCUAUCGCUAGUCCUCCGAUCAGUGCUAACGGUGUUCCAAAGUCACCCUACCGUCAGACAAUGGGCCGCCUCGUCACGCCUCCAUCCAAUGCUACCAUGGGUACGCUCGAGGAGCAGCAGCAACGCGCUCUUUUGCAUGCUCAAGCACGGGCACAAGCGCAAGAUAUCGAUAAGGCAAAGAGAAUCUCAGGCUCCUCCGCCUUGUCUGCGACAUCAACCCGCGCUGAUUCCAUUCUCGAGUCUUUCCCUUUCGUCCCUCCUUCUCCCAUCUCUGAUAGGCCGCUAAGGUCUCCUCCCGUAUCCCCUCGUUCACAACAAUUCAGCACUCAGCCGCCGUCUUCGCCGCUUGCCCAGCAAUCAUUCAAUGGCACCCAGGCGAAGGACCACCCGCUGGCGUCUGAAUCGAACCUGCCACCGCCACCAGAUAGGCGCACAUUGGGCUUGUCAACUGGGUCACAACUGUCGACAGCAUCAUCUGGUUUGGGGUCUUUCCCCUUCCAGAUCGACGCUGGCACAGUCCCCCAAAUUAAUAAUAGAUCCAACUCCCAAGCUCCCUCGUCGAACGCCCGACAGCGUGCCAGCCUUGAUACACUCGCACUCACCAGCGAUCUAUCAUCGUACCCACUAGAGUUCGAAAGUCCCCGACCCCCACUUCCAUCGCAGCGUUAA